CAAGUUUUUCCGCGCGCGCGCGUUGUACAUGUAGAACUCGUUUCCAUAGGACAACAGCUAAAGGUUCGAGCGAUACAACGCUAUGCAUCUCACCGGGCUAUCGCUCUCCUGAUGAAUAACACACAAAGCCAAUAGGAACAAACCUUUUGCAACAACCAUUUUUGAGAAGUAUCUCGCUUAUUAAGAAAUUCAGCUGCAGUGUAAACAUGGCGGAACGGAAGGGAGAGAGAGCAGGGGAUCACACAGACAAAUGUAUGGCGGCUAUGAAAGAGGAUCUUGCGGCGUGGAUGUCGAGAAUUUUGAAUUUGAUGGUCACGGCCGAGACGCUGUUAGAGGAUUUAGAGACAGGAGUGGUUUUGUGUAGACUAGCUAACACAAUUCAGAGUACGGGCGAAGAAUUUCUUGAGUAUAACAGCUUCAUACCUCGAGACACAUUUCCACCUUGCGGAGUUACUUACAAAGAAAGAACAGGCUUUCGCGGAUCAUUUCUUGCUAGGGAUAAUGUAGCGAAUUUUAUUCGCUGGUGUCGGCAAUUGGGAGUUGCAGACAUAAUUAUGUUUGAAACGGAAGAUCUCGUUCUUCAUAAAAACGAGAAGUCUGUUAUUCUAACACUCAUGGACGUGGCACGAUUGAGCGUAAAAUUUGGCCUUGAACCGCCAGAUUUAGUCAGACUGGAGAAUGAAAUUGACCAAGAGAUUGAAGAGCAACCGGACGAGAUUAUGGAGGAGCCGAUGGUUCGAUUAAAGAAGAAACAUAAAUCACACAGCCUAGACGAUCUGGUGAGUGCGUGCUAUCAUGUGUCCUAAACAUAAGAAAAAAAAUGUCAAUAGAUUAUCGCGCUUUUUUGUUGAAUGAUUCAAACAAAAGUACACACUGCACAAGAAUUCGCGCAGCAUGGAAUAGUGUACCCCGAUGGUCGAAUUUGAGUGUAUAAACUAAACAAAAUAAAGCUUACUCUACCAUUAUUCAAAUUAGGCACGGCUGACAGUUGCAAUUUUAUUUCAAAGAGUUUUCAUUAUAAUGCAUUGUCCCUUGCUAGCACUUGUGUUUGCAUUACAAAACGAGUAACUUAACGCGCGGUUCUCGAAGAUUUUGGAGUACGAUUACAACAACAAAUAUUCCUGAUCGAAAACAGGCAAAAAAGGAAUGAGCAAACCGCAAACGUCUAUGUAUUUAUCCGAUAAAAUCCCUCUGUUUUACAUCCUUUACCAGUAAAAAUUAUUCGUUGAAUAGCCACAGAAUUUUUAACCAAGAAUUGGUGAUUUACCAUAGAAUCGUCCGUCUCGAAAAAAGGAAAGAGAAUCGAGAAUGAAAUAAAAGUAAAGAAAAUGAUCAAGGAAUCGGCAGAUUUGUUUUUAACGAUACUUAUGAUUAUUGUUCAUGUACUUUUACCCCAUUUCAGAAAAAUCUGAAUUUAUUCCGAGAUACAGUAAUUGCAUUAAUUUAUAGAUAUUCCAAAAUUUUAAGAUUACAUCAUAAUAGUCUUGGAAUAAGCUUCGAAUAAUAACUCCUGCAGAGAAAUCCUAAAUGCUUGUAUUUUUCUUAUAAAUAGAUACGACGUGGUCUUUAUUUGGACAGCCGGUUGUGUUUUGUUGAAUUAUUGGAAUUGACCAGAAGGGCGGUAGAAUCGAUUUUAUUUUUGUAAAGAUAAAUAUAUAUAUAAAAUAUAGCCGCUUUCAAAGCGAUAUGUUAAAACGCUGAACGUAAGCAUUUGGCCACUACUAAACAAGAAAACUUGAACGGCAAAAAAUUUCUAGUCAAAUGAAGAUGAUUAUGAAAGAACUAUUACCCUCUAGUGAAGCGGAGAAAAUGGAUCAUAGCCCACAGAUAAAUAUUCAAUUGCAAACAAACUCUUCAGCGUUACUACUGCAUUUACUUUAUAUGAUAUAUCAAAUUGAAAAAAGUGUUUCCCGUGGACGUAUUUUUCUCUUUUCAGGGAAUUUUAGUUCACAUGGUCAAGCUAGCCGUUACACCCAGUGGGAGGAAAAUUAUGGUCACAGAUUAAAUUUCAAUUACAUGCUUUUUUUCCUUCAGUAAGCAACAUUUGUCAUGGUAUCGCGUGCCCAAUUCUUGUCCAUCGUUGUCAACUCCGUAUGUUAAUCACCAAACAUCGAGUGAUUUAACUCCAUAAAAAUGCACCAAAUCACCAUAUUUCGAAGUACUGAGUAUUUUAUUUAUCGAGGGAAAUUUCUCGUAAAACUAAUUAAAACUUGUAUUUUCGAUUUCAUAUUUUCCUCGAUUCACGAGUUACACAAAGUUGUUGGUUUUUAAUUAGUUUCUAUAUUAACUCUAAUUCACUAAGCGCAGAAAGUGUAGCAAAAUCAUUUAGAAUAAAAUAUCGCAUGAUACACGCACAAUAUCCGAGUACUGUGUUUUGGUAAAAAACCUCGACAGUCAGAAUUUUGAGUUUAAAACUGAAAAAUAAAAAGAAUUUCUCAGAUAAGCAAGGCAUGUGUCAAAUAAAAAUACAAAUAUUCUCUUUAAUUCGCUAAGGUUAAUCCCUUAAUCCUCAAUGAGUUUCGUAUUAUUUACAAAAUCAUAUUACUUACGCGAGACAAAGAUUUUUUUCUUUCAAGUUUUUGUAGUAGUUGUUUUUUUUCCUGAAGUGCUACUGAGAUAAAAUGAAAAAAGUUUCAAUUUGUAUCUAAUUAUAAUCUUCAUUUGUUAAUGUUCACACUUACAAGCUAAAACCUGCGUAAGAGAAUCUUGUAACAUGUUUAUUGUAUGAACUCUUUAAAACCAGUUUCGUCUACAAUGCUUUUCACUAAUACACUUGAAUUAAAGUGAAAAUUAUCAAUAAUUUUUCAAAGAAAAAAAAUAACAACUAACCUUCGGUGAAGGCAAUUUUUAAGCUAAAAAAUGACAUAAAUAUCUCUGUUUGUGAUAGCUAAAGCGAGAACAUUGCUCUUGGCAUAUUUUCAAAAAUCCAGCGCCCCCAAAAUUGCUAACAGUGAACUCCUGUACAUCUUGUCUACCGUUAAGUUGUCUUUAGCGAAAAAAAGAUAAAGUAAAGAAUCGAUAAAGUAGGACCAACAAUCGAAGUGAUUCUUUUAAUUAUAACAUAAAAUCAGUGGUGAUAAGAUAUUUUACACAACCUUUCGCCAUUGAUGUAAGGAAGUUGUUGCCGUCCACUUUGCUCAUAUCACAUGCACCUUAUUUCCAAAAUGUUUUUAAUAAAAUAAUUGUGAGUUAACAACUCUACAUUUUUUUCUUGAAAAUUGAGUGUCACGUUUUUAUCAGAAACUGAGCGAGAUCGACGAGUUUGAAAUCGUUGAUAAGGUACCAAGAAGAACGACGUGUUCAUCAAGAUGUUCUAAUAAACUAAUGGUGAUACGAAACACGCUUUUAUUCAGUUUUAUUAUCAUUGAUGUCUUUUUGUUCCAGUAAACAUAUUAGGAGAAUGAAUGUUAAGGUCUGCUUUACAUGCAAAAUUUACGUAACGAGCCGCAAAAUUUAUAAACUUGCCAAAACAAGAACUAAUUAAGCAAAAUCAAUAAAUCUAAUUAUUUAUUGUUGUGGUUUUUUUUUCCUACUGCAAAGCUUUUUCUUCUGUCAGUAGGACUGCCAAAAACUUGCAAAUGUUCAAAGGGGGUGCAAUCAACUACAUGAAAAAAUGGAACUGCAAACUCCCAAGACGUUCCAUUUUUCUAUUCUUGAUUUGGCGGGUAGAGGGCUAUAGAUCUUCCGUCAGUUCUGUCCAAGACUGUACAGUCAAACGCCGUUAAUACGGACACUAACGGGGGGCGAUAGAAAAUGUCCGUAUUAACGGGGUGUCCGUAUUAAGCGGGUUGAAUUUAAAGAAAAUGUGAGGUCUUACGUUCCCCACAGGGACAAGGAAAACUGUCCGUAAUAACGAGGUGUCCGCAUUAAGCGCUUGUCCGUAAAGCGACUUCCUCCUGUAUUCCUUGUGUCCCACUUGCGCUAGCUUCAGCCUCCUACAGACACAGACUUUCUUAAUUUGGUUCGUCACGAAACGUCCCUAAACGUGUGCAUGACGAGCCAAACUUCAAAACGAAUUCUGCAUUAGAAAAAAAGUCAAGAGACCGUGGAAAAUGUUUUAACUUACAUGCAAUACCAACGGUGUUCUUUUUCAUUUGACAGUUACUCAAAGCGACCUAGAUUCCGUGAAAUCAGCGAUCGCUCAAGCAUUUUUUUAGGUUUACGCCUACACUAAUUGGUUGUUCAAUAUCCCAGUUUUCAGAUUUUUAAAGCAGGUUUUGCGUACUUUUAUUCCAGAAUAAGAUCCAUCGACGCGCCCUAAAUGACGUGAGUCUUUUUUUUGUCUAGUCCCAGUGCGUCUCGUCCUCUCUACCAUGGCUGUUCUGUACCACGCGGAUGACAAACUGCAAACGGCUCAUUGUUACUAAAGAGACAAUUUCAAUGAUGACUACUUAGCACGGCUAACAUCUGACCCAACCAUUUCUAAUGUUCUUUUAGUAUGAUAAGAUUUUUAAUCGCAUCUAUGUUUAUAGGUUUAUCAAGUGUUGGAGCAAUGCACUUGCCCAGUAAAGUUCCCAGUCCUCCGCGUUGCGGAGGGAAAAUAUCGAAUGGGAGAAAACAAGUCGCUGAUAUUCGUCAGGGUAAGAGAGUAAUGUUGACCUCUUCUAGUUUGUUAAAACGCAUUGUUAUAUUGUUGAUCUUUACUAUUUUUAUGCAUGUUGCAGUUUUUUGUUUCUCAGCCCGCGUUUAUAUUGAGAAACGUUUUUCCGUUAUAGAGGUUCACCCUCCCGGCAGAGUCAACUUUUGCCAGCGUGAGAAAAAAAGUUGACCCCUUUGCCCGAACCAAGAGCUGACAACAGCGCUCGCACAUGCUCUGAUUGUUUUGCCUUGAACGAGUUGACCCGGCUGGGCGACCCAAAGUGUCUAUUAUUAUGGAGAAAAAUUUUCGCGGCUAGGAGGGUGAAUCUACCAUCGAAAAAAUGGUGAACGAACGGCCUAGCCAAGGGUCACCUUUCACGUCCAGCCAACCAUUUUGUUCCUCAUGACCUGUCAGCGGUUUGCCAAGUUUUUGUAAGGAAAUGUACAAAAAGUUGGCCCGCCCGGGUAGCUCGAGUAGCCACUUGAACCUUCUAUUCGUGACAAGUUUACUCCAUAUAAACGAAGCCUCAGAUUGACCUUUCUCUUGUUCACAUUGGCGCUUUGUUGUCAGGUAGUAAUCAAAUGUCGUUACUGAUCGUUAACUCUCUCUAGGUCAUGCGUAAGCACGUAAUGGUUAGAGUUGGUGGAGGAUGGGACACACUAGAAAGAUACUUCGAAAAACACGAUCCUUGUAAGAUGUCAGGUAUGAGAUUCUAUAGAACAACGCCUAGCUUUCUCACCACUCCCCCUCCAGGAGUCCAUUAACUGAAAGCAACUAGCCAACUUUGUUCCCAAAAUCAAGAUUAAUGAAGGUUUUCCUUUGUUGGCUGGCGCGGAAAGGUACUCGUCCCCGCCGAUUAAAUACCAUUUACGGUAGUUUUUUUGGCCUGCUAAUACAGCCAUCACUGGGGCUGUUUUGCGAGAGAGUAUAGGGAGCUUAACGAGUCUAUGAACGACUAAAAUGGUUGAGCGAGGAGAACUUGAACGCAGGCACUAUUUGUAAAUCCUGUCAGUUGUUUUUGGGUUGAUGUUCAGUUUUAGAAACCAGUCUUUUUUGUUACAACGAGGCCUACUAAUGACAUUAGACGAAACUAAACUCUGGUUACUAAACGAGGUACCCAAUGUCUGGCUAAAUGUAAUACUGCAAUAAUGCUAGGUUUACUUAUGCAAUUUUUCCUAUCGCUUAUGAUGAAGAGAGGCAACGGAGAAACUCAGUCCGAUCUCCCAGAUCACGUAGUGGAAGCGAUGUGAUUGGUCGAUCUCCCAGUUCUAUGAGCAUUUCCAGUACAGACAGUCAUGACUCAUAUGGUACUCCUGUGGCACACGGACGCACUGCAUCCUGGUCUUCGCCCCAGUCUUCUCAGGUUUGUAGAAGCUCUCCUCUCCUUCAAAUCUCCUCCUUCUUACCCGGAAGGCCCGAUACUCAGGCUAGUUUGUAGAGGAUAGGAAUGCAAAUCGGGAGAAGGCAUUAUCUGUUUUGACCAAAAUUUAGAACACCCUCUAUUUUAAUAGUUGAACGGUUUUGUGAAGUCGAAAAGUCUUUCGAUCACAGUACAGGGACCGGCAAUACCUUCGGCAACGAUUCUUGGUCGAUAUUGGGUUUGGUGAAUAACACUGAAAAAAAAAGUCUUAUAAAUGAAGGGAAAUAAAGUUAGCAAAAUACGCUACUAAAGCAACUGAAAGAAAAAUAUGAAGAAACUGGAUACAAAACUUAACUAAGAGACUUUAAAACAUUUAGCCACGACUGGAUUUGUUGCUAGAACAGCAUAAAAUGAGCGGAAAUCAAGACUGUUUGUUUCAGGUGACUGGUUAGCAUUGUUUAGUACAUAAUUUAUUCCAUUUCAUUUAAAUACUAAUGUAACGCCAGUAUCCCUUGUCAAAGGCCCUGUGGCCCAAUGGAUAAGGCAUCUGACUACGAAUCAGGGGAUUCCAGGUUCGAGUCCUGGCAGGGUCGUUUUUUCGCACCGCUAGUUAAUUGUUUUUCUUUUCUUUUUUCUUUUUUCUUUUCUUCUUUCUUUUUAUGUAUUUAGUUUUCUGUCGUCAGUCUUCAAUAAAAAUAAGUAAACCAUUUAAAGAAAAAAAACAAUGUUCUUUCUCGUUUUUAGCAUUUUUAAGUAUUGCAGUGACAGUGCAGUGAGUAUCGGGAAAUGCGCAAAUUCAGUCCUCUCUCUGAGAAAAAAAUGCAAAAUUACUCUAGAGUACAUCGAAAUGAUUACACUGCCAACCCUGCUUCCUCCUCAGGCGCGUCGUUUUCGGCAGACUAGCUCGAAACGCGAGUGACACGCGAGCGACUGCCGACGCAAGGGACCAUGGGAAGGAGAAUAAUGAGAUGCGCACAAUUUAUCAUCGAGAGAGACAGACAGACGUCUCGAUACGAGGCAGUUUCCACCCAGUGAUAAAGAUCUGAUUUUUUAACAUUUAGUUACUGGGUACGGGAUUCGCGGAUUAUAAGUAACAUGCACAAUUUAUGGCGCCAGCAUAGGCCAGCAGAUUCAUUCAAAAAUCCCACUUUAAGGCCCCUACCUAAUCCUAACCCUGGGGGCAGGGCAAUCAUGUUUUCUGAAAAAAAGUCAAAAAUCGCUAAAUCCAUCCCAUAAAUAGGGACUCAGUAGACUAGGAGAAGUCCCUUCAUCAUUUUUCAGGGAGUAGAGCGAAUGCGUGCGCGCGUGAAAAUCACUAACUGCGAGGAACAUAAUCAUGCGCGCGUGUUACCUUCGCCUUGAAGAAAGCUGGUGGCCUUACCGUAGUCUCUGCCAUUAAUAAAUGAAUGAAACAGCCGAACAUUCAUGAAUUAAACUCAACAGUGAAAAAUUGAUCAAUAUACACAAUUACAACAUCAAAAAAUGAAGAAAAUCGCGACCUGACAGCUUUCUCACUAUUUUGUGUGGUCAUUCUGUCCUUCCUCGUAAGAUGUCAUAUACACUUUUUUUGAUAGAAAGUUGCAAUUUAUAGUAUGAAGCUUCCUGUUACAAUCUUGGAACGCUUCCCAAUAUUGUAGUUGCACUUGUCCAGAUCUAAAAUGAAAAUACCGUAAAUCCUCUAUUAGCCCCUCCGGGGGGGCUUAUUUAUUUCAAACAUGUUUCGGGGGGGGGGUGCUAGAGGGGGGGGCUUAUUUAAUUUAGAGAAGAUGGUAGUAUCAGCUCUCCACAAAAAGUUAGAAUGCAAAGUGAAAAAGCUCAAGUACAAGAAGUUGGAGGUCAUGCAUCCGACGAUCAAAAACAAAUCAGUCCGAACUUCCAACACGUGAAUAAACCAUCGUGGAUCAGUCCAAAUAAAGUUUUACAGUAAUGAUUGAUUUAUAUAGUCAAUCAUUUAUUAGUGAAGAAUAAUAAGGUUGAGGGGAGGAGGGGCUUAAAAUAGAGAGGGGUUUAUUAACUUUCUUGCCCUAAAAAGGGAGGCUUAUUUGAGAGACGUGGCUUAAUAGACAAUUUACGAUAAGCAGUGCCAAAUGAACGUCGACCACGGCUUUAACCUCUACUUUUCCCGGCAUUUAAGUCUAAAACAGUUGUAAAGCACAAGGGCCAACUUUGGAAUUUUUUGUAAAGACGUUUCAUUUAUCCUCAGCUUAAGAGUCCACGAGACCCUGUGAGAAGACGGAUGACAAGUGUUUCCCCUUCAAGGAGCUCCUCACCCUCCUCUCCGCGCUUACAGCAGCGGCAAAGAAGGGGUACCUUGACACGUGACACCCCACCCAGAACUAUUGACACACAGGCCCGCGGUAGGCUGUCACGCAAGAGCAAAAGCAUGCAGGAAUUGAGCAGCGUCGUUGUAGAUGGUCGCAGACCGUCCUAUUCCAAUCCUACUACUUCAUCUAUGCGGAAACAAAGUGUAACCGGUGAGAACUCUCAAAGGGAGGGAACAUCCACGAGCAACGGCAACCCUGGACAAGCCCGAAGGAAAAGUUCAGUAACCAGCCCUAGAAAGUUCUCAGGUAAUCUGGGACCACAAGGCGAUUCUCCAGCUGGUAGGAAUCGUUUGAGUUCAAGUGGGCCUGUAGGUUCUCCAAGGUCGGGACCCGUGCAGGUUACAAGGAGUGCAUCCUUUGGGGCGCGGCCCCGUCCAAUGACGCCCGUAAUGGAACCUCGCGCAAAAUCAACGAUGUCUUCGCGACCCACAAGGGACAUGCAGAGGAGGGCGUCCUCAGCCGUGGCUGGGAGAGUUGACUCUUCGGGUAAGUAAUUGUUUGAAGUAUCAUCAAUUUAAAUGGGUGAUUAGAUCUAAACGCAUCUUUAGUCUGACAUUCACUAGACUUUGGAUCGUUGAUGUUACAAGAAUACAAAACUAAAGCCCAGUUCAACGCGAGCGUAUUUACAAAUUGUGGAUCUCACAAUAUAACUUGAAAAUAAAAAAAAUAAAAAAAAAAAGGAAAAUAGUUUUCAAUAGAUACCGUUUGCCAACCUCAUGUUUGCGAUGGAUUUGCAAUUGAGCCGUGCUCGACUCCAAAGCUAUUCUCCCUUUUUAGGGCUUUAUAUACACUUUUAAGAUCUGUGAAUUGCCUUCAUCCACAGAAGAUGCACGACGCGGGGGGCCAAUUGCCAAACGAAGGUCAUCCUCCGCUACCCCCGACGGGAAAUCACGGGUUCCUGGUUCAAGGAAACCCGCGCAAAACUCAACGGAAGUCAAGCAGGAGAGAAGUAGAAAGCCUAGCGUGUCCAAAAUCCCUAGUCCUCAACCGAAAACAACACAGCCGGUAGCAAAUAGGAAAAUUUCAACAGAAUCCGCCCGCGGACGUCGAUCGCUACCUUCGACACCAAGAGAAAGAAAAUCUUCGACCUCACAGCAAAAUGACCAACCAAAACACCCAGCUAAAGCCAUUGCAGUUGAAAGCAAGGCAGGAGGGUGUAAAACACCACCAUCAUCACGCCGCGAUAAUAAGCUUGUAAAUCAGAAUAAGGAGCCAGGGAAUAAGAUGAUGAAUGGAAAAAACACCGCGAGUGAAAAAAAAACCAAGAAAGGUUCUCAGACCAACCAUGGGGAAGAAGGUAUAAACGACUCCGAAAAAAGUACGCCUGGCAUGGUGAGUUUACCCUUAGCACUUGAGGAUAACACGGAGGUUACCCUUAAUGUACAGUCGGUUGACCAGUCCAUUGAUUCAAGUGACCAGUUAGAAAAAGUAGGCGAUGAUUAUAACGAGGACGUAUUUUCACCAAACGAAACAUACUGUCAAACGUUCGCAUUGAACGGUGGGGCUAAAGCGUCGGAAUGUUCGUUAGAAACAGAUAGUGACUUCACUAGUGAUCGUCUGAGUGACUUUACAGACACUGACAACGAUUUUAGAAAUCAGCGGUAUUCUGGUCUCUCAGAAACGUCUAGUGAUUUCUCAUUCGACACUAGUCCUGCCUGGAAGCUAUUUCACUCGGUUGAAAACGGUCGCAAUAAUCCACUAGAGUCGAGUGGUGAACCAGAUGUUCUGGAACUAGGGACCUCUCCGACGGUCAAGGACUGCCUGGUGAAUUUGAAUCUGCAAGGGUCUGUAACUCCGACAAUGAAAAGGCGCAUAUUUGAGGCCGCUCAUCAAAUUGACCCGAAAGAAGAAUCCCCAGAUUUGUCAAAAGAGACUGUGUCAGAUCCAGCGAACAAAGCUAUGUUCUUUGAUGUGGAGAAGUAUAACGACAGAAGCCCGGAUGAAGAGGAAGUUAUCGUUGGCUCGCCCCGUAAAUUGUCUCUCGUCCAGUCUCUUAUCAACUCCAUCGAGAGGCGGAGCGGAAGUAGCAGUCAUGCGCAUAGUACACCUUACAAAAAUGCUGCAGUUGGUACCAGACCUACUUCUGGAGCCACCAGUAAGCAUAGCAUAGAUGAAUCGGCCGCCACUCGAAGGGCCUUAGUAAGCAGUCACGAAACACCAUGCGCCAGAAACCCAAAGGUAAAUUUUAUUUUGUUGAUUUUUCAAAAGUUAUAAAGGAAUUACACUAUCCCCCUGGCGUAAAAAAGGGGUUUUGAUAUAAGUUUAGGAAUGCACCCAAGAAAGCCACAGCCAAAUAGCAAUGAUAAAAAUGCAUUCCCUUCUUCGAUAAAAGGUCUGCAAUACUACUCAAAUUUUGUUGAAAUACUAGACGAAAGCAGACGAUUUCUUCAACGACUUAUCUAUCUCAGUUUUCUCCGUGUGUACCCCUCUCUUUUCCCCUCAUGUUGAUGUCUUGCAGCUUUUUUUGCAAAUGAAAAAUACGUGAAUGAACAUUGCAGAUGGCGUAACGUAACAAGUGUUUUAACAAAUGAGAUCAACGACAUAUGUCGUCAUCUUAAGAUUGUCUUCACCAAAUGAAGGCAAAUACCAAACCACAUGUUUAAAUUGAAAUUUACAGGAGAGUCCUACUACAGAGAACAUCAAGAACGGAACUGAACAGCGUUUCUGUACCUCGGAGGAGGGCACAGUGCCACGUGAACACCACAUAGGAUAUGACGUCAACAAAAACCUCAUGAACUCAGUUCCAAGCCUCCGAGAGGGCCCGAAACUCCAGCAGAUUCCCGGAGAGAAACCACCCGAGGGUUACGAGAGCAAAACAAGAAAAAUGUCCCGCGAGAAAACCAGACGAAAGGAAAAAGAACUGGACAUUUUUCCACGACCUCAACGUCAGUUUACACUGGAGGAAAUGAUACAAGAUAUGCUGCCCACAAAUGGUGAGUCUAAGGAGACUGGAGACCAGCGAACUUUGUCGCCUGAGCCUCGUUUUCAAGCUUGGCUAUGA